AUGGGGGUCACCAAGCAGAAGGAGGGGAACAUCGUGGGGGCGGUGGAGUGCUACGGGCGCGCGGCCAGGGACGGGCACGCCAAGGCGCAGCACAACUUGGCUGCGAUCUUCGAGAAGGGAAUGCCGGGGGUGCUCAAAGAUGACGCUGAGGCCGUGCGGUUGUUCCGACUGGCUGCGGAGCAAGGGCUGGCGGAGUCCUCCUACAGUCUGGCGAUGCACCUCAAGUUCGGACUAGGGAUUCAGCAGGAUGACGCGAAGUGCGUGUACUACCUGGAACAAGCUAGUGAGCAAGGCCUGGCGAAGGCAAUGUUCAACUUGGGGCUCAUGUACGAAAAGCGCCGCGGGGUUAGCUCGGACGCGCCAGAGGGGGACCUGCUGGAGGCCACCCGGGAGUGCUACGAAGCGGCUGCUGAGGCUGGGGUCACCAAGGCGAUGGUCAACUUGGGCGUGUUGUAUCUGUCGGGACGGCUACCCGGACGGGAGCAGAGCGAGGCGCUAGGAUGCUUCAAGAUGGCAGCGGACCAAGGAGAUUUGUCGGGGCUGUGGAACCUGGCUCUGUGCUACGAGCGAGGCGUCGGCGUGGCCAGAGACCCUCUGGCAGCACAGGCGCUACAGCAGCAGUGCAGGGACCGCGAAGCAGGCGGUAGGCGGCCGUCGGUCACCGGCGACCAGGCUGGACCCCUGGCCCCGCACCUAAGGCGGUCGUCAGAUCCCUCGGCCUCCGCUAUCCCCCCUCCAACAGCCGACAACGGCAACAAUAACAAAGCCAACGGCAGCGAGAGCAAGAUCAACGCGAGGCGAAGGUCGUCUGGACGGCGGUCGUCGUCCGUCCCUCUCGUUACCCCUCCCCCGCCGGAAGGAGCGCCGCCUCCUACGGCCACGAGAGGAAACCCCCGGGCUAACUCCCAAAACAUCAGUCCGGAAUCAGCAGCCGCCUCCGCGUCUAGACGAUCGUCUUCGCCGUCGAAGCAGCCGUACAAAUAUGUUCCGAAACGUGACGGACCACUCCCAACCGACACCACCGGCCGCCCGAGCACGAGCAGCAACAGCCAAGCGGCAGAGGGUCCAGCGGCGGGGGGGAAAAUCGGGCGAAAUAGUCAAGAUAUGCCCCAACAGGGGGCGGCCGACGACGCCGCGAGUCCGACGGGGGCGCGGACCGGGGGGCCCGCAUCUGCGCCCUGGAUACCUCCCCCCCCCCGGGACCGAAAGAACAGCUUGCUGUUGAAGCCGACGCCGCAGGCGAUUGCUCGGGUCAAGGCGGCAGUGGAGCGGCGGAAGAAGCUACAGGCUGCCGCCGCGUCCGCCGCUCCAGCUACCGAUGCGAGGAAUCCCGACGGCUUGCCGACGGCAGCGGAGAGAUAA